UCUCUCUCCUCUUCUCUCGACAUAUUGUUAGUAAUAUUGAUGGACUAACGAUUUUUAUAGAAAAUAAAUCCUUAAAAGUAGUACUAUUUCGGAGGCGCUGUUGUCGCAAUACAAUCAAAGAUGUGGUAGCUAGUCUUUAAAAAGAAAUGUAACAUGCCAAGCUCAUAAAUUGUUCUACUGCCAUAUUCAAGACAGUGUUCUUGUUUGUCCAUCUUAGGCUACUUGUUCCAUUACACUUAAUCCGUUCGAUCUUGUUGUAAUUUUGACAAGGGAGGCAUUCCUUAUCCGUGGUGCUCCUAGUAAACUCCAAAGUCAAGAGCUCUGUCUAGACGAACUUGAGUGACUAACACUUUCCCACCGAUGUCCUUGUUUGCCCAUUGCCUUUUUUGGGGAAAUUUAACCAUGGUGCAGAAGAGUUUUUUCAAACUGAGCCUUGGCUGCACCGUCAGACCAGUGUCUAGAAACUGUUGUUAUAUUCGUCAGCGCUCAUAUUUACUAAUAGGGUUUACAUUUUUGGCAUAGGCGUUUCAGUAGACUCAGCAAUCGUUGUACUGGUGGUUGCAGCUGCAGCUGCAGCCUUUCCCCUAUCGGCCUGUCUGCAGCAAACACAGUGGCGUGCCAAUGCUACCACAGACAGUUCAGCAACUCUUAGCAAAGAUUUCUUUUCCAUUCUGUCGAUUGCCAAAUUUUUUUGGGGUUGACCUUAAUUGACCUACGAUGUUCUGUCCAUUUGGAGUGUUUUGACUGGCUUGGCAAAAGGACCAUGCGGUUUGUGGGAAAUGACGGAAUAACAGUUCAGUUCGUGUGUGAAGCUUGUUUAUGUAAUGACCCAAAAGACCUAUAAACUUAAAAGGGGUUUGUGGUUUAGUUUCUUAAAGUAUGAGCUUAUAGGCCUAGGCGAGGCUACUUUAAUUCUCCGAUAGAAACUUUGACAAAUGAAAUGUACAAGUCAUGAUGGGUUGAAUAAUGCACACACAUUUAGAUGAUACAUUGUGUAGGUUAUAAAUAGUUUCAAGAUGGCAUCACUUGUGUGCCACUGCUGGAGGACUGAUGUUCAGGAAAACAAGUCUUUCUAUUUAUCUGUCUAUCCAAAAAUGUGUGUGUGUGUGUGCGUGUGUGUGUUUAUGUACAGAAUGUGUGUAUAUGAGCGAUCCUUAGCAGACAGAGGGAAUGCUGUAGCAACCGAAACCAUGCAGCUUUGCUGGCCAGCACGGGCCAAAAUGACACGCCCAGAUCUGAGUCAUGGGAUCUAAUGCAGGACAGCUGGAGGGAUCGAACAUGGCAGGACCCAUCAGGGGAUAAACACUAGUUGACCUCUCGAACCCAACCGAGUGGAGAUUUGCGGCCAACAUAAAUCUCCCCAUCUGAUGGGGGAGAGCACAGGAAACCCAUGGUGUGGCGUGACCUCAACACUGGACACGACCACAAGCUGCCCAGGCAUGUUGUGUGAUUUGAGGCCCUGACUUCGUUUCACAACUGCUGGCGGCGCAGCUCUUGGAUGCCUCUGUCGCCAGACCUCCUCUGCACCUUACAGAGGGAACUAGAUCCUCCAUUUCGGAGGGGGAUCAGAGGAGCCAUCUUGGCCUGACUUCAGAGCACUGAAGACUGCUUGGUUUUUUGUUCUUUCUUUCUGUCUGUCUUUCUUGCUUCUUUCUGUUCGUUAUAAACUGUGUUGGUACUUUUUCAGAAACACAUACAUUCUCUCUCUCUCACACACACACACACACACACACACACACACACAGUCUGAAUCCAUGUCUCAGAAUAAGCCUGCAAGCCUGUUUGCCUCAGCACCUCCAAUCUGAGGCUAGCCACCAGGUCACCAUGACUCUCCUGGGUGUGUGUAAGCGUGCAGUCCUUUCCUGCCUGUUCUGGUUGACGGUAGCCCCUGGGCCUUUGCGUGGCGAUUUCCACGUGGCACACGUGACGGACCACGGCCUGCGCACCUGCGUGUGCGAGCGUGAGCUGCCCCCCUGCAGUCCACUCCACGGCGUCGCCGAGUGCGUCUGCAAGGACCUCCCGCUCUCCUGGCUGCAGCGGGCCGAGGGCAAGGGCCUGGUGCAGCGGCGCCGGCUCUCCAUCUGGUACUCUUCGCCGCCCAACGUCGCCCUCUAUCUAGACAACGCGGAGGUGCGCCACCUGUCGCUGGUCAGGUGCUCCGCCACGGCUGCGGUGCCAAGCAGCGUGGCUGCCUCUACCGUCUCCGCCGGUGCAUCUCCCGAGCACUUUGUGGUGCAGAGGCUGGAGCAGCUGACGGUGUGGCUCUGCCGGCUCGGCUCCAGUCAGGAGAUGUACCUGGGAAGGGAGAUGGGCGCGGCACACCACGAGGAGGCCCGCAUCGCCGUCAUCAACACGGCCGCGCUGGCAGGGGAGCUCAGGCUCAAAGCCUACACGGUGCGCACCGGCCUGGACGCCAACGGGCUCCUGCCCUUCCCCAACCUGCACACGCUGCCCCGCGAACUCCCGGACAGUUCCAGCAUAUUUGUGACCUUCCUCUAUUGAGCGAUGCCAAACACAAUGGCGGAAAAAGGAUUGUAAAGUAUUGGUACAGAAAGAAUUGUAAAAAUUGAGUUGUGACACAAUUGUAGAGUUUUUUUUUUUCUUUUAUGAAUGUAUGAUUGAUUGGGAGCUAUUUGACUAAGCCAGCACUAAUAAACACUUUAAACAUACAAGAAAAUGAUUUCGUUAUGAGAUGUGCAUGUAUUUGUUUAGCAAUAUUAAGAGCCGUUUUCUCUAUGAACAGUGAGGCUAAACUGUGUUAGAAAUUACAGCUGCAGAUGUGAACUGUACAGGCAUUUCUUGGGAGAUUGUUAAGC